CUAACCGUAAGCUAGCGUCACCCGGGAGCCUUGAAUUUCCUGUUUUCAUCAACAGUCAACGGACCUGGAACACGAAAGAAAUCCAUAAGGAGACUUUUCAGUGAGUAAUACAUGGACUACAGCGGACCAGUUAGUGAUGUUCUGUCUCCAGAGUCCACGGUGACCUCCUUACUGUCCAGCUCAGGUCAUCUUAGGAGCAGCCUGCGAGUCCCUGAGCACAACACCACCUUCAGAUACAGAGACAAGGACUACGAAUCAGCCUCAGCAGCGCUGGAUGCCUACAUUGCAGACUAUGAGAGAAGUCAACAGAACCGAGAGUCUCUGACAGGAAGGCUGGUUCUGCCGCACAUUCCUCCAUUGACACCGAGAAGACCUGGAGUGAGCACACUCAGAAACAAAGACGUUCUCAGGGAGCAUCUGACAGAAAGGGAGCUGCACUUCCUGAACCUCCCUGUCAGUUCCCUCCACCACCGCGCCAACAGAGACAGACUGUCCAUGACGACGGACGAGCUACUGUCAAUCCCUCGUGAUGGCUCUAUGCCUGUCACCCAUACGUCCGCUUUCAUCCAAGGCCUCAUGUCCCAGUCUGCAGCCUCCCACCCUCAUCUCACCUCAUCCAGACCAGCACACAGACCCUGGGACGGACUCAGUAGUAACCACACUGCCCCCAGAAUAAACCACAAUCACAGUCAUACAACCAGAGUGCACAAAAACUUCAGAGGAAGAUCAGGGACAGCUAUGUUGAAGCCAGAUGUAGAUUUCUCUUCAGGCUGCUGCUUUAAGUCUUCACACAGAGCAGCGAGGUCAGAGCGAGCUGACCCAUCUUUAUCACUCCACCUCCCUCACUGGCUCACAAGCAACAAGUCAGAAAUGAACUGCUCAGGAAUCACCAGUGUUCCAGACCUGAAGUAUCCGGCAUGGGUCCAACACUGCGACCUGAGCGAGCCCCCAAUGCCUGCAGAGUCAGAGCUGUGGGAUCAUGACCAUGGUGUUCCUCAACCUGGGGGUCACAGAGCAAGAGCUCCAUCUUGGGUGGAAGAGUUGGAGGAUGAUGUUUCUGAUCAGACGUCUGCCCAGGUUGACAGCCAGCAGACCCUCAGAGAUCUGAGGCUUCAGUUUGCCGAGCAGAUUUCUCUCCUGGCUGCAGAGAAAAAAAGCUCAGACAUCAUGGAAACGCUCUGCAGAGACAACAAGAUUGAAUCUCUGAUCCAGAAGGCCGAUCAGGUGUUGAACUCUUUGUCCCAGAACUCUGGAGGAGCAGGAAGUCGAGCAGAUUCAGUCAGUAUCAGCGAUCGUGUUGAAAAAGAUUUCAGUCCGCUGAACACAGAACAAUUUCUACACUGUCCUCAAUUCACCCAAGACUCAGCAGCAGCAGGGGUCGACAUGGAGGCUCUGACAGACAGAGGAGCUCAGGAGUGCAGUCUUCAUGGGAACAGUUCUUUAAAGCAGCCAGGUCCAGCUGAGGCUCUGAAACAGAUGCUCUUCAGACUGCAGGCAGUGGAGGCGGAGCUUCAGCGACAACAGGCAACUCCAACAGAGACCGAGAACCUACAGACGGACAAGACUCCAGUGAAACGGAGUGCUAAAGGUGAAGCAGAGCUAGAGUGUGUUUCUGGUGGAGCGUCACUACAGAGAGCUCUGCAUCACCUCAGCAGACUGAAGAUGUUGGUGGAAGAACCCCGAGAAAAACGCACACAGGAAGUAGAAGAGAAGGAUGAAGAUGAAGGACGUUACUCCUCUUCAUCUGCUGAUGGACUCUCCUCCAUUCAGCAGAAACCUUCCUGAAGCUAACGACCUUCAACAGAGCGCUUUUCAACAUUGGGAUCAAUCAGUGUUAUUCUGGUUUAUUUCAGAUAUUUCCUUUAUCAUCCCUCAGAAAGACAUUUAUGAAUCUGAAGAAGUCUGAUGUGGAUUUAUAUUUAAAGACUAAAGAGUUAUUUAUCUAAACACUAAUAUCGGUUAGUGAAAUGUGCCAACAUGACUGAAACCGUUAGAUACUGUCAGCUGUUUAGGACAUAGGAAUAAAUAUAUGUAGUUUUCCAGGACAGUUAAACUUUUACUGAGGGGAGAAAGGGACCAGACGUACUAAUAUUUUAUUUUUGACACACUCUAUCAUUUAUUCAGCUGCCAAGAUGCUUAAAGUGUCAAACUGACGUAUCAAUGUGCCAAAAAGAAUGAGGACCUUGUUUUGUCACUGCACUAAAAAGGUUGUAUUUAUCAUCUUUUAUUUGUAACAGAGUUAGCAGCAAUGCUCUACAGAUGUCAGUGCCAUAUUUAGGGUUGUCAAGAUAAGAGAAUUUAAAGUUUGAUAUGAUGCCUGUAAAUAUCAAAUAAUAACAAUACCUGAUCUGUACCACAGCAACAAAAAAGAAAGCCCUAGGCAUCCAUCAGAGAGUGUUUAUUGUUUUUAUUUGCCAAAAAAUGCACUAACCCCAGCAUUUCCUCACUUAUGCAAUACCUGGGUGGGCCAUCCAGGUAUAGUUACAGCCAGCCAAGUAUAAUUGCUGAUCAUUUUAUCCUUUGAAAAAACUGUUUCAUCAAGACAAACAAGAGAGAAUGCACUGAUUUAGGAAUGUCAUCUAAUGUUCAAAAUUAUUCUUCCUGUGCCCCUGUUUCAACAUUUUUUCUGCAGCUUCUUGCUGCUGAUACUCUGUGCUAUUUUAAAAGAAAAGUGGUGUUACUUGAGGGUCUUGUGAAACAAAAUGUAAACAUAGAGAGCAUACAUGAAAGGCAUUCCUACUGAUUUAUGCUGUGAGGAAACUCCUGUAACAGAUACACUUCAGCAUGCAGUUUUAACAUCGCCAACUCCAAAGCAGACCCACUGUCCAGAUUCCAUGUCAGUCAUCAGGCAAAUCCAUGCCUGUGUCCAACCACACACUCAUCCCCUAAUCCUC